AAAACAGGUUCCUAAAAAUUUCCGAAAUCAGCUAAUUUGUGUACCAUUUGGAAAUGAAUUAUGAAAAAAGAAACACCCAUUUUUCAUUUUCUUUCCCAAUUUGUUAGAAGAAAAAAACCCAGCUUAAAAACACAACCUUUUGGCCCUGUCCUUUGGAAGUUGACUGCCUGCUUUUUUCCAUAACUUCACUGUUUAAUUAUUCUCCCACUUUAGGGUUUUCUAAUCAUUCCUUUGCCCUUUCUCUCUCUCUCUCUCUCUCUCUCUCUCUCCCUCUUCUGCUACUGCCUUCUCUCUUCUUUUUUGCUUUUAAGUUAUAAUGGAAGAUCAGUACAACCCUCAUGGUGAUAGCUCGAGGGGAAAUUUCUUGUUCACUUCAGUCCCUGUUUUGGCCACAAAUUCUUCUUCUCCUGGGGGCAAUUUCGUAACUAGACACUCUUCUUCAAAUGGCGGAGGCGCCUCCCUUCUUGGGAGUCAGAUCAUGGCGGUAAACACUAAUCUCGGUGGUGACUGUAACUUUCCGGCGUCGGAUCGUGUUGUAAAAGUGGAGCCCAGUGGCUCCCAGUCUCAGAAUCAUCAUCAUCAUCAUCAAGUUCAUGACUUUCAUUACCAUUUAAUGAGAGAGUUUCAAAUCAGUAGUGGUGGUAAUAAUAGUAACGAUUUGGGUUCCAUGAAAGCCAAAAUCAUUUCCCAUUCUCUAUUCUCUAACCUCCUCCAAGCCUUCUUGGAUUGCCAAAAGGUUGGAGCUCCUCCAGAGGUAGCGGCGAAGCUUAGUUCGGUAUGGGAGGAAUUUGAACAGCGGCGGCGGUCUUCUAUGGCGUCGACCGGCGGUUCAACUGACCCAGAACUGGAUCACUUCAUGGAAGCUUACUACGGGAUGUUGGUGAAGUAUAGAGAGGAGCUAACGAGGCCCAUUCGAGAAGCUGCAGAUUUCAUGCACAGAAUUGAAUUUCAGCUCAAUACUCUCUGCAAUGCCUCUUUUCAAAUCUUAGCAUCUGCAGCGACAGAAGAGAAGGGAUGGUCGGAGGAGGAGCAGGAGAAGAGCAGGGAAGCAGAAAGAGAGGUAGGGGAUCAAAUGGACCCACGGGCUGAAGAGCGAGAGCUGAAGAAUCACUUACUGAAGAAGUACAGUGGGUAUCUAAGCAGUCUAAAGCAAGAGCUUUCAAAGAAAAAGAAGAAAGGGAAGCUCCCAAAAGACGCAAGGCAAGAGCUGCUCCGAUGGUGGGAAUUGCACAACAAAUGGCCAUACCCUUCGGAGGCUGAAAAGUUGGCGCUGGCGGAAUCAACUGGGCUUGACCAGAAACAGAUAAAUAAUUGGUUCAUAAACCAGAGGAAAAGGCACUGGAAGCCGUCUGAGGAUGUGCAGUUUAUGGGCAUGGAGGGGUUUUAUCAUCCCAAUGCUGCUGCUGCUGCUGCUGCUGCCGCCUUUUACUUCGAUGGCCAUUUCAUGGGUGACUCCCAUUAUCGUUUGGGGCCAUGAGGGGAGGCUGCGGUAACAUAUGUGCUUUUAAACCAGACCCUCCUUCUAGUUGCUGCUAGCCUAUCCUAUCCUAUGUUUAAAAAAAGGGUAAUAUUUGUUUAUUGUCUUUACUCAUUUGGUGAAUAUUCCUAAAUGCAAAUCAAUUAAUAAUAUCCACCCUUUACUCGUUUCCGUU